AGCAUGAAGAGGGAUAAUCAGAGCAGUGUGUCCGAGUUCCUCCUCCUGGGGCUCCCCAUCCAGCCAGAGCAGCAAGGCACGUACUACGCCCUGUUCCUGGGCAUGUACCUGACCACGGUGCUGGGGAACCUGCUCAUCAUCCUGCUCAUCAGGCUGGACUCUCACCUGCACACCCCCAUGUACUUCUUCCUCAGCCACUUGGCCCUCACUGACAUCUUUUUCUCCUCAGUCACAGCCCCAAAGAUGCUCAUGAACAUGCUGACGCAGACUCAAUCCAUCUCCUAUGCUGGGUGCAUUUCCCAGGUAUAUUUUUUCUUGUCAUUUGGGGGUCUCGACAGCUUCCUUCUGACCUCCAUGGCCUAUGACAGAUACGUGGCCAUCUGCCACCCACUCCACUACACCACCAUGAUGAGUCAGAAUCUCUGUUUGCAGCUAGUUAUUGUGUCUUGGGUUUUAUCCUCCACCAGUUCCCUUGUACAUACCCUCCUCUUAGCCCGUCUCUCUUUCCUGAAAGAAAACACCCUGCACCACUUCUUCUGUGACCUUUCCACUUUACUUAAGCUGUCCAGCUCUGACACCUCUAUCAAUAAGCUGGUUAUUUUCAUUAUAGGAUCGAUGGUCAUAACUGUGCCAUUCAUAUGCAUUCUGGUCUCUUAUGGCCACAUUGGGGCCACCAUCCUGAGAAGACCCUCCAUCAAGGGGAUCUACAAAGCCUUGUCCACGUGUGGCUCCCACCUUUCUGUGGUUUCUCUGUACUAUGGAGCAAUUAUUGGUCUAUAUUAUCUGCCUUCAUCCAAUAAUGCUGAUGACCUGGAUGUCAUUGUGUCUGUGUUAUAUGUUCUGGUCACCCCCAUGCUGAAUCCCUUUAUCUAUAGUCUGAGGAAUCAGGAUAUGAAAGGAGCUUUGAGAAGUAUCCUCAGUAGAGGAACAUUUUCAGUAUGA